CGCAGACGUCUGUAAAAAAAAGAUAUUUUUUAUUAAUUAAUAUUUUACACAAUAUUCUAUUAUUUAUUUCAUCAUACCUUAUAUCACUAUAUAUAUACAUAUAAUCAAAUUUAAUUAAUUAGUUUUUUAUUUUAGUAAAAAUUGUAAAAAAAAUAUCCCCACACAAAUUAAUUAAUUUAUGAAAUAAUAAAUUUAAACUUUGUAAAAUUUAAAAAACUCAAUUAUUUUAUUCUUUUUUUUUUUUUUUUUUGUUUAUUUAUAUAUUUAUUUAUUUUUUUGUGUAAUAAUAAUAGUUUACUAAAUUUUAUUAAAACAAAAAAAAAUGACAACAAUAAAAAAUGAAGAGUUAUUAAAUAAAAUUAAUCAAGUUUUAGAAAGGAAUAAUGAACUUGAAACUAAAGUUGAACAACUAACAAAGAUUGUGGAUCAACAUGAAUUUAAAAUUCAAGAGUUAUUGUUGCUCCUAAGAAAAAGUAACCCAAAUACCAUUACCAACUCUACAUUAAAUUCAUCACCUACAAAUACAAUUAUAAAUAAUAAUAAUUCCCCACCAAUUAGUCCAAGAAAUUCAUGUGAAAUUACACCACCACCAUCACUAACAAAAUCAACCUCAACUGAUUCAUUUAAUAUAUCGAAUACAAACAAUACUAAUAAUAAUAGUAGUAAUACAAGUAAUACUAGUAGUUCAAACAAUAACAAUAACAAUAGUAAUAGUAAUACAAAUUCUACAUCACCAAGCAUUUCUUCAAAUAAUUCAAAUAGUAAUUCAAAUUCACCAAAUAUUUCACCAAUGGCCUCACCACAAUUAGGUAGUAGACCAAGAGUUCAAUAUAUGGGUGCUAGUAGACAAUCAUCUACAGGAAAUUUAUUUAAAAAAGAAGAUAGUACUGAUUCAUUAUUAAAAUACUCUGUUGGUAAAGAUGGCGAAACAUUUUAUGUACCUCCAAUUACACCAAGAGCAUCAAAAUCACCUUCAAUGGAUUUUGUUUUAUCAUCAUCAUUAGUAAAUAGUAUUAGUAAUUCAAAAUCAAAUGAAUCACUUUCAACCGUUAUGGCUAGUUCAAGUACCAUUCCAGAAGGAAAUGAAAAUGAAGCAACAAAGUCACAAUUUUAUACAGAGCCAAACUAUAUAUCAAAACUACCAGAUAAAUAUCAAUGGGCAAUUAUUUGGGAAUAUUCAGCAACUGAUGAUGAAUGGACAAAAGGUUUAAUUGUAGUCGAAAUGGAAACCAAACCUUUUGCUAAAGGUGCACUCCGUAAUGCAUAUAAAACUUAUAUUAGGGCCAAUCCAAUGAAACUAUAUGAUCAUUUCUCAUCUCCAACCCAUGACAAAUAUCAAGAGGGUAAGAGAAUGAAUACCACUUUAAUUCCAAAGCUAUUAGGACAAGUUGACACCUUAUAUGUUGCAAAAGAUUCAAAAACCAAUGUUACUCCAGAAAGAUAUUUUGAAGAUGUAAAAAUGCAAAUGAUAUGUAGGGAAUAUGGUGAAAGAUAUAAUAGUAACCAUCCACCAAAGAAGAUUGAAUUUUUAUCGGCAUGGGUUAUAGAGGUACAAUCGGGAACAGGUAAAAACGGAAGCAAUCCAUUGUAUGGUAUCGAAUUAUUUAUGAAGGGUGAAUUCAAAAAGCAAAAUUCAAAUUUCGGUUCAGUUUUAUCAGAUCGUAAUACACCACAAGCAUUUUCCCAUUUUACAUACGAAUGCUCUGGUCACGAUAUGUUGGUUAUAGAUAUUCAAGGUGUCGAUGACUUUUAUACAGAUCCACAAGUUCAUACAAAAGAUGGUAAAGGUUAUGGAGAUGGAAAUUUAGGUGCUCGUGGUAUAGAAAGAUUCCUUUCUAGUCAUAAAUGUAAUCCAAUUUGUCUUCAAUUAGGUAUUUUUAAAGAUUCUUUAACUGAUACACGUAAUGCACAUCGUGUCAUCAGAGGCACCAUGCUUUUACCAGAUGUUGUUCCAGAUUUACACGAACCAGAGUAUCCAUUACUGGAAUCAAUACCAAAGAAUCCAUUGCAAUCAGAGUUGGUUUCAAUAGCAGAGAUUAGCGGUCACAGUGAAAGAGUUUGUUCAUUAAUAAUUAACAAGGAUAAAACAAGAUUAUAUUCAGGAUCAGCGGAUGGCACAGUUAAAGUUUGGGAUAUAACAUCAUCAGAAUUAGGGGAUAUAAAGCUUUUGGAAAGUUUUAGGGCACACAGAAGAUCCAUUGAAAAAAUGGUAAUGAGUGAAAAGUAUUUAUUUACAGCUUCAUCAGAUUAUACAAUUAAAGUUUGGCCAUUACACAAUAUCACAGAAUGUAAAUACAAAUUGGAUGAGCACGGUGGAGAGGUUAAUGAUAUGUGUAUUGACGAGUAUAAUAAUGUAUUGGUAAGCUGCUCAUUCGAUAAAUCUAUCAAAGUUUGGUGUCUAGAAGGUGAUCAAAUAAAAUGUGUAAAAACUUUAAAUGCCCACACCAAGUCUGUAAAAUCAAUAUAUCUAUCUGGAAAAUAUUUAUUUAGUUCAUCAAAUGACCAAACUAUCAAAGUAUGGGAUUUAGAAAUGAUGGUUUGUGUAUUCUCUUUAGCUGAUGCCCACGAGUCAUGGGUUGUACUAUUGCGUAUGUUUAACAAUCGUUUACUAUCAGCCUCAAAAGAUGGUCAAAUUAAAGAAUGGAAUCUUUCAACUUUUCAAAGUACAACAACACUAGAUGAAAACAAUGCACCAAUCACAGACACACUAGUAACUAGAAAUGGCUAUUCUUUUGUUGCCUCUGAAGAUGCCACAAUUAAAAUUUUAGAUUUAACAGCAGAGGACACAAUGAAAAUAAUAUAUUCAGUUAAAGCUCAUCGUUCAGGUGUUCAAACUCUAUGCACAGAUGGUCAAAGAUUAUUUAGUGGUGGUAUAGAUAAUUUAAUUAAAGUUUGGCACUGGAAAGAUAAAAAUUAAAAAAAAAGAACUUUAUUUAUUCAAAUUCUUUUUAACAAACAUAUAUAUUUUUUUUUAUUAUAUAUUAUAAAAAAUUAAAAUAAAAAAAAAAAAAAAGAAAAUAAAAAACAUUUUUUUAAAAU